AUGGACAACCAAGCGGGAGCAUCUAAGGGCAUCGGGGCUAUGCCGGCUAAAGACGUGCCGGCGGCAUGUCUGCUCCGAAUCAAGCGAGACAUCGCGGACUUCAACGCCGACCCACCGCCGGGGAUCUUCAUCGCACCGGAAGAAAACGACGUCACCAAUAUCAACGCCAUCGUGAUGGGCGCUAAGGGUACGCCGCUUGAAGGCGGGUUCUUUCACUUCUACGUGCAAUGCACCGACCGGUACCCGCUCCAACCGCCGAAAGUACGAUGCAUGACAACGGACGCUGGGCGUGUCCAGUUCAACGAACACAUCUACUCAAGUGGCCACAUUUGCCUCAGUACGCUCAACACAUUUGGGGCGACGUGGAGCCCAGCCCAGUCAUUGAGCAGCGUUCUUAUUUCUAUUCAGUCGCUGCUCUGCGAUGUGCACAAGUUCCAAGAUAAGGCGGCCAGUGAUCGUUUCGAGUCCAUCUUGCAGCACGAAAUGAUCAGGGUUGCUGUCUGCGACACGGUGGAGGCCUGUCUUCAAGAAAAUUCGCCGUUCGCGCAGACUCUAAAGGACGCCGUGCUCAAGAAAUUCACGGAGUUUUAUGACAAGUACGAAAGCGUGGUAAAGUCGAGGCUUCACCUUACGGGAACCCAAAUGAACGACCCCGCGAGAUUCAAUGCAGGCACGUAUCAGUUCGAAAAGCUGCUGACGAUGCUUCAAGGAUUGAAACAAAAGGUCGCCGAGAAGAACGAAGCUGCUGCGGCGAAGGCUGAUACCUGA